AGAGCACAGUUACUACUGGUGGAGUAUAGUGAAAAUAGAGCGAAAAAAAUCAGUUGAAGAAUCAGUUCAAAGCAUCAAUGGAAAACGUGGGAUCACCCUCCGCCUCCGCCGCCGACGAUGGUACGCCGGUGCAACCAAUCUCCUCCUCGACUCCUCCGGUGCCGUCGUUUCCAGCUCCCCUAGGCACUACCGGUAGUGGACUUUCGUCCUCUACGGCAGAUGUAGCGACUACUCCUUCAACGUCUCAGGUCGCCGGCAGUGAACUUUCGUCUUCUACGGCAGAUGUAGCGACUACUCCUUCAACGUCUCAGGUCGCCGGCAGUGAACUUUCGUCUUCUACGGCAGAUGUAGCGACUACUCCUUCAACGUCUCAGGUCGCCGGCAGUGAACUUUCGUCUUCUACGGCAGAUGUAGCGACUACUCCUUCAACGUCUCAGGUCGCCGGCAGUGAACUUUCGUCUUCUACGGCAGAUGUAGCGACUACUCCUUCAACGUCUCAGGUCGCCGGCAGUGGAUUUUCGUCUUCUACGGCAGAUGUAGAGACUACUCCUUCAACGUCUCAGGUCGCCGGCAGUGGAUUUUCAUCUUCUACGCAGCCGCAGGCAGAUGUAGCGACUACUCCUUCACCGUCUAAGGUCGCCGGCAGUGGACUUUCGUCUCCUACGGCAGAUGAAGCGACGGUUUCUGAUGUGCCUGUGAAAAGGGUAGGGGAAGACCGCCUGCAGGAUCAAAACCAGCAGAAUUUGGACCUAUGCAAUCGCACGUCAUCAAGAAAGAAGCUGGGGAGGAAAAGGAUCUUAAAGUAGAGCGUGAAAUCAGCACGUUAGUGGUUACGAGGAAGCUGGUGAAGUUCACAAUUGAACAGAUCAAUUCAUUCAUUCCUGACAAAAGGGUGGUAGGACCAGCUGGGGAACGGUGUAUGAAGGGUUCAUUGGGGGAUUGUCUGGACUUUCCAGUGAUUUGAAUGGGGAAAGAGUUGCUGUCAAGGUGGGAAACUAUUUCUGUGAGGAAAAAGAGUUUUCUACCGAUGAGAACUACAUUCAGUGGAAGACUGAGAUUAUGCUACUGUCUGAGAUAAAACAUGGGGGUGUCAUCAAAUUGGUCGGUGUUUGCCGUACCAAUCUAGGUUUAUACCUGGUUUAUCCCUUCUAUGAGAGGGGAGAUCUCCAGAAAAGCAUUGAAGUUUUAGAUUGGGAGAGAGCAUUAAAUGUUAUCACGAAAGUUGCUGAGGCACUCAGGGUUUUGCAUAUGCUUAUGGUCGUAUGCAGGGGCUUGAAGCCCGCUGACAUAUUGUUGGAUCAAAACUGGAACCCUGUAUUGACAGAUUUUGGGCGAAUGAAGAUGUAUGGAGAUGCUUUAAGUGGAUCUCGUAAAUUCGAUAAUGAAAACUUCAUCUUUUCAGGACAUUAGGACCAUGUCUUUCACUAUGACUAUUACUGUCUGUGUUUUUUGAUGCUCCAAGUGUUGAUGAAGGAGAAGGAAGCUGACUUUAAAGUCACUGUGCCAAAGGAGAGGAGAAUCAUGCACCUGGAUUUUGAUUCUCAUUCGUGUAACUAUUCAUCCGAACUUUUAGAGCAGGCACUGAAACUCAAGAAACAGAAUUCUCAUGCUGUCCAUUUGGAUUUCUUGAAGACGGGUGGAUGUAAGGUGAUCGUUGCAAGAAAAGUAACAGAUUUGGCAUUUCAAUGUUUAGACGAAGGGGGCGUAAAGCGGCCCACGGCGGAAGAAGUGGUAGAAAGACUCAAUAAGAUUGUCAAUCCACCGCCUGCUCACGGUGGAAGUAGUAGUAAAUCGUCCAAGUGACAGUGCUGAAAUUACCCUGUGACCUUGUUUGAACUGUUCUCUCUGGUUCAGUCAUUUUCCCAAACUUUAUAUUGAUCUUUGCUUUUGUUCAUCUGUAAUUGUUUACCUUCGAUCUUAAAAUGUAAGCGUUUGAUCAAGUUAGUAAUUGAAAUAUUUGUGGAUAAAAAGUAAAUGUGUCAAGCAUCGGUAAUUGGAAGUUUUUGCCA